AUGGCAGAAAUUCUAGGAGCUGCUUCUGCUGUUGUUGGCCUUGCUGCUUUUGCAACUCAAGUUGUGGAAAAGCUCGAUGCUCUGAACGCUAUCUAUAGGUACAACCGGACUGAAGCUGCAGUUUCGAUUGAAUCAUUGACAGGUCUCCUCAAUAUUCUUCGCUUAAUAUUACGGUCUGCCCAGUCCCUAGAGGGGCAUCCGGCGGUCGAUCAAGCGAUUGUGAAAUGUCAGGAGACCUACAGCAUCAUUGACCUUGGUCUAGACGAUCUUUUACAGAGAAUUUCAAAUAUGCCAUCUGGCAAGCGAGCCCAUUUGAAGUCGGUGAAACUACUAUUUUCACGGGAUAUUCGCCGGGAGGUCGAAAAAAUCGAAUCCAAGCUUGACCUCAUGACCAAGACACUGACUUUGACACUACUGGGGUUUCGAGUUUACGCCGUUCUCGGCUUUGUUUGGAAAAUGCGACAACAAAGAAUGCACUGCGAAGAGCACUUCUUGGAAAGGUUAAAGUUGGUGUCAGGCACUGGCACGUACACCAUACAACCAGCCCUCAGUCUAGAAAGGGUGGCCCGAAAGAGCUUUUACGAACUGUAUCGCUUGGACGAUGGUCUUAAGAACCACAGAAACCCGGACGGCAAGGGUUAUGUCCAGGAGCUUCUUACUUAUGGGCCUUGGAGGAAUCAAGAUAGACAGUUCGCUCUUUUGAGGAUUUUAGUUCGUGAUUUUGGCAUGACACUUGAAAAUCAGGAUCAAAGCUUCCUCCUUCAAUGUGUAGCUUGGAUAGGAGAGGGAUCCCAUCUUGAUUUGCUUAAUGUGAUUCUCGAAUGUGGAUUUGAUCCCAGCAAUAUAAAUUCACCAUCAUUUCAAAGGUGGCCCCCGCCGUUAUCACCAAAUUGGUUAUCAGAAGAAUUGACUCCUGAUCCGUUCUUCAUCGAGUAUCUUGCCACGCUAGCAAAGGCUAGUCCCGGAUUUGCGGGGGCCACGGCCCUGCACGAUGCGAUUUUACUCCAGUCGGUCAAAACUGUUCGUCGGCUGAUCUCUUCUUCAGACAUGCUAGAGGAAGAUCGGAACUUCCUAGGCCAGACACCCUUACAUCUUGCGAGCGUUAAUCGGGAUAUUUCAAGUCUUCUGUUAGAUGCUGGGCAUAGCAUAAACACCAUUGAUAAGCACGGGAUCACUCCUUUGAUGUACGCAGCCGGGAUGGGAAAAAGCGAAGUUGUCCAAAUGCUUAUCCUCCGAGGCGCGGACACCACCAUCUCAGAUACACGCUGGGACCGGAAUUUCAUCGCAUAUGCAUCCGUACGUGGUCAUUGGAAACUUGUCUUCAAAUCUCUGCAAACAAUGCAAUCAUGCUACACUCGGAGGACCUUUCAAUAUUUCGUUAAUCACGCCUUAUUAGCACUGAUCGUCAACAACACAUGGAUCGAUGACCUGAGAAGGGCCGAAUACUUUGAAAAUCUGCUUAACCUCUGUGAAGAUGUGAACCUCACAUUCAAGAAUUGCAACACAGGCACAAAUCACGAUAACCUCCUACACUAUGUCCGAAACCGGAAGGAGGCCCAGUCUCUCCUUCGUCGCGGUUUUAGUGGGUUCAAUCAAGCAAACAGUGAUGGAAAACUUGCAAUACAUUCAUUCGUGCAAUGCCCAAAUGCCGAAUUGAUUCAAUAUUGCCUCGAGAAUGGAAGCAAUGUGAACCACGCUGAUCUUGACGGACGUACUAUUAUUUUCCGUCUGAUUUCGCAGCUGGGAAACUAUAGUUGGUUGAUUUGGGAUGCUGUUGAUUCAAUCAAGCUGUGCCUGGCUCGAGGGGCUGAUGUUUUCCUUUCUGACAGCUGCGACUGCCCAUGUCUUGAUGGCAGUGGCUGCCAUACGUCUUCAGCAUUUGACUUUAGGUUUCAUUUCGAUAUAUGGGGGAGUCCGACUGGAUUUGUGUGGGCUUUUGAGUGGCUCUCAAUCGUGGAAGAAUUUAGAGGCCUUGAAGCGUCAAAAGUGAUGCUUUUAUCCUUUCUUCGCAGGACACAAUCCGACAUACUUGGUAUCACACAUUUCUGCUGCCAUAGAGGAAGAGGGGUGCGUAUGAGGGACUAUGGUCUAUUCAGACCAAGAAUCCCUUCGGAUGAAGAUGUCAGGGAGAUACUAGAUGAGGAAGAAGAGUUUCUCGAGAUAUUAGAAGAAGAUAUGCAGUCGUGGGAACACCAGAGCUUGGACGGCCUUCGGUCUCAAUGGAUGGUCCUUUUGAAAGGAAAGCACAAGUUUGAAGUGACAAAGGCAAGGGAGGAAAGACGCGACAGAAGACAGCUCAACCAAUUGACUCACGGAGUGGAUCACAAAAACGACCGCUUUGUAGACAAUGUUACAAUUGUCAGCCCUGGUAGUGAGCCAAUAAUUGAUUUGUCAACGCCGAUGGCCGAAUAUGCUUUCUGGUUACAGCACGAAUACUUCCGGAGCAGAAAUAGACCGACUAAUCUUGCAACGGACGGCUGGUAUGAAAGACGAAUGUCCUGGUUUCGAGAGUUGAUGGAUGUAAUGCAAGUACGGGACAGUGAGAUUGUCCAGAGUAUGCGCAAGAUAAACGUCACAGAGAGCCGAUCCGAGCAAGUUGAUCAGGAGGCAAUCUCUGCCCAGUUUCUAGCUCAUUUUAACUCCUCUGCGUUCGAAAUUGUCGAUUUAAAUACCCAGAGGUAA